UGUCGUCGGUCUAUUCAUUUACUAUAUAGUGUAUAAAUGUGUGUGUCCCAGAAUUUUGACGGAACACAGAGGUCCUUCGUAGUCGGACACAAGAAAAUGGCGGACAGUGCUACGGCGAAAGGGCAGGGACGUUCCAAGAGAUGAGACUUGCUUUUGAUCAGUAUGUGAUUUAACAAUUACCAAAAAUCUGUUAGAUUGUUGAAUUAUUAAUAAAAUUACCCAUUGAUUGGGGGGGGGAGGAAAUGAAGAAAUUCAUUGAAUUUUCUCUGUAUUUAUGACCGCGUGGUGGUGGUUCCAAUUCUUGUUUUAUUUUUUUGUUUCAUCAAGUGUGUAAAGGUGUUGGACUUGUGAGACUCGCUGGAGAGAAUCAAUCUAAUAUAAUCUAAUAUAAUUACACAAUUUCUGAGUGUCUGUGAAAUGUCAAGAAUUGUUGGUGGCAAAUAACCAAGUGGAAAAAAAAAAUUACAGUUUGCAGAAACAAUUUUGCUGGCUCUGGCAACGAUAUUGAAAUCUGGCAAUGGCAAUCAGAUAGUGGUAAUUCAUUGUAUAGGAUUAAACUUUUACCUAAUUAACAAUAUUACCUAUAAUCAAAGAUGUGAACUCCGGGCGAUAGUCCUUUAUAGUACGUAUAAUGAAGCCACAAAAGAAGGCUCUUGUUGGGCAAAAGGCGCCAAAGUCGCCAUCGGUUACCGCCAACACACGUCGUCCAUUAAAUGAUAAAUCAUCCAUUGACGCGAAAAAAGAUGUUAAAAAAUUAAAAAGAAUUGAGAAAACUGAUGAACCCAAGAAAAAAUUGGAAUUGGACAAAAAGAAAUUAGAGAGAAAGAAAUUAAUUGAGGAGGGGAAGAAAAUGGAUGAUAGCAAGAAGAAAGAAAAAUCUGAGAAACUUGAUUCUAAGAAGUCAUUGAGUCAAUCACUCAAGGAUAUUGAUAAGAAAUGUGAAAGCAUCGAAGAGAAAAAAAUUGAAAAAAUAUUGGACAAGGUGGAAGAGCCCUGCUCAGAUCCAACUUUGGUAUCAGAUAAAAGGAAAAAUCUAAAAUUGGAAGAGAAGCAACACGUGGAAAAUAAUAAAAAGAAAGCCGAUAAAACCGAGGAGAAAAAAAGAUUGACCAAGGGGGAAAGUCUUAAUGAGCCUGAGCCAAUAAUAUUGAAUUCUCCAUUGUCCGAUGAAUCUAAACUUGAUGAUAAUAAAAUCCAAGUUCCUCCAGUGGCAAAGAAAAAAAUUAAAGAAGAAAAGAAGAAGGAAUCUAAAGAUAUGAAGACCAAUAGUUGGACCAAAGAAAAGAAAUUAGAGAAAAAAUCCUCGGAGGUUAUAAAAAAAACUAAAGUAACUGUUGAAAGAAAAGCUUCUAAACCAUCUCAGAAGAAGCCCUCAACUAAGAAAACAGUUGUAGCCAAAAAAUCUCCAUUAGCCAAGAAGCUGAUUCAAAAGAAAAUGAAACUAGUCAAAACAACGUCAAUGAAGGAAGAAAAUUCCUCCCCUACCCCUGCGGAAGACCAUGAAAUUGUUAAUCCAAAGAAGAAGUGUCUUCUGGAAAAAUCAAAAAUUAACAGUGUGCAAAAGGUGAAAUUAGCAAAACAAUUGAAAGCAAAACUUGCCCCAACAAAUGGAAAAAUCAAAAACAUGAUAAAGAAGGAAAAGCUACGAAAGAUAACAGAGAAAGUGGGUAAAAAGGGGGGGCUAGAUAUGAAAGAAUUGGAGAAAUUGUCAGAGUGUAAAAAAAUGUUGAAAGAGGUGUCAUCAAUUAAUGAAGGCUUGAAGGAGGAAAUGGCGGAAAAGCACGAUGAAGAAGAAAAUUCAAAGUUAGCUACUAAAUUAACGUCCAAGCAGAAAUGUAAAAGGACUUUCCGAAAAACAGCGAAAACCCCUUUAAAAUGUCUCGACGAAGAAGAUCAAGUCUCUACCAAAGCCGAAAAUGUUUCACCGAAGCACGAGAUAAUAGCGAAAUCACCGGCAUCGAAUGUGAAAAAUAGUGCCGAUAAUUCAUCAUCAGAAAUAAAUUUAAAAAUUGAAGUAACGGCUAAUACUGCUUCAAGCAGUGAUAGCCCUCUUUCCUCAAGCGAUUCUGAUCACGACUAUGUUGAUUCUUCCCAACGACGGAAGAAGAAAAAAAAUAAGAGCAAGGAUGACGAGGAGGAGGGUCGUGAAAAUUCGUCAAACGAUGAACGAGCAAGACGCAUGCGAUUAUUUGGAUUCUGGAGUGGGCCGAAACGCCACCGUGUUGCAUCGUUAAAUGCACUGGCAAAGGUUCAUUGUCUCUACGAAAAUGAAGCAGGUGGCGUUUACCUUGGUGGUUUUUGUAAGCCAAAAUCCGAGAAAGACAACAAAUUAAAAAAAACACCAACUAAAGAGGAGAAGGAAGAAUCCUUAGCACGAAAGGAAAAGGAUAAGAAACCAGCAGGCCCCAAUAACACAUCCAAGAGAAACUUGAGGAAUGUACCAGGUUUAAGAGGGAAACACUGGGACAUGAUGGAGUGCUCCUCUUCCUCCUCGUCAUCAUCGGAGGAUGAGCCUGGUCAGAGUCAGAGGAAUGAAAGAAACGUUAAACGUGGAAGAAAAAAAAAUACACCGAGGAAAAAAAAGAGUGAGGAGGUGAUGGAUCUCAAGGAUAUGGUUGUUUGUAAGAGAAUGGCUAGUUUAAAUGCAUCUGCUAUAUUAGCAGCUUCAUAUUCUGAUGAGAAAAAUAGACAGAGUAGUUCGGAGGAUACAGAGAGUGAAUCCAGUGAAGUGGAGAUUAUCAAGAGACGAAAGCAACUUGAUAAUGAAGGGGAUAGGGAUAAUAAGAAAAAAUCCCGACUGGUCAACAAUGAUGAUGAUGAUGAUGAUGUACUCAAGACCGGAAAGAAGGUGGUUGUUCUUAAUCAGGACACUGAUGUUACCAUUACUGGUGUCUAUGUUAAUCAAACCCGAUCAACUCACCACGAGGGUUUCUGCAGUAUCGCCGGAAUGCAAUAUAGGAUCAGUUCGACUAGCCACACACAAACGGCUGCAACUGCUGUAGCUACUGAACUUCAUGAACAAAAAGUGGAACAGCCGUGUAAGUCUUACACACCCCUUGGAGCUCUAUCCUCAAUGCAACCACCUGGAAGUCAAGCAAAUCAUGCAGAUAUGUCACCUCGGAGACAUUCGGCUUUCAGUGCUCCCCAUCAGCAUGGAUACUAUCAGCCGGCUGGUCCACUAAUCCAACAUCCUCCCACGUUGCCUCCGGUCAAAGCACCACCGCCAGAGCCAACACCCACGCCACCCCAAAAUUCAGAAGGCUCGGACGAUCUCAUUGCAACGUCAACUACUUCUGGUGGAGCCAACACGACAGCAGCCGGUGGAUUCUAUCGUGCCUACUGUCCUCAAUAUUACGGCACACCUCCGCAGUACCAGGAACUCUGUUAUCCACCGACAUAUCCGCAUCCGCAUUCACAUCCACCACCUUACUACAAGUACGCGCCAGCAUAUAGAAGGCAAUACUUUGGCUACCCUGAUUCUGGUGGUGCUGCAGGUGGUGGCGGUGGUGGCGGUGGGGGUUCAGCAGCAACUUCAGCCGUUGAGUAUCAACCCCCACCUUUGCCUCCUCCAGGCGACUAUCCGAUGCCUCCAUACUACAGCGCCUAUCCUCCUCCACCACCACCUCCUCCUCCUCCCCCCAAUCCUGCAUACCUUCAUGCCCAAGGUCGUCCGAUAGUUGAGCACCCAACAUUUCAGGGCUGCCCAUGCCCGAUGCAAUCAUGUCCAAAAAACGUGGAUACUGGACCCCUUAUUGGUAAUGGUAAGGGGGCGCCAGUGGCAUCUGGGCCAGGUCUGUCAUUGCCACCCAGUGCAUUGGUAGGUCCACCAUCUCCAGCGAGGGGACUUGCUGGCUUAGCCCCACCACACGGCGCCAAUGCAUGGGAUACAGAUCGUGUCCAACUAAACACGCAUCGCAACCUAAAUCAAAACCAAUCAAAUUCUAUUUCAAAAAAUUUGAAAAUUCAACAUCACGAUGAAUGCAACAAAGAGGAUAAAGAUAAAAAGGAGGAAGGAAAAGAGGAUAAAAAUUAUCAGAGAUGCUUGUGUCAAAAACGUGUUUGUACUUGCACUUUUGAAGUGGUGAAAAAGGAAAAAUUAUUACCAUCUGAAGAAGUUACAUUGCAAACAACUAAUUUAUCAGAGAAUCUUCACGGCGUCAAACUUGAAAACAACAAUGUUAAGUGUGAGUCCUGUAGUGUUGGUGUAAACAAAAAUUUAUCUUGUACAGCAAACUGUAAUGUUGAAUGUGAGAAUGAUUACAAAUGUGAUAUCAUUAAGUGCGAACAGUGUAUUAAAGAGGGACAAAUAGCAAUACUUGAAAUUGAUAAAGACUCGGGAAUUCUCCUGAUUGACGAUAAACUAGAUGAAAAUUGUGUUAAAGAGGAAAUUACUGAUCGUGUUGGAGUUGAGAAUGACAAAUGGGAAAAGCCGGAUUAUGAGGCGACUGUUGUUAAUGAAUCAGUUGGCGAUGAGGCGGCGGCGGCGGCGGCGGAGAGGAAGAUUAUUACUCAAGAAUCAAAGUGCCAGAAAUUGACCAAGAGAAAAUUGUCAUUAGACAGUUUAUCUGAUAGUUCGAAAAAUAAAAAAGUGGAUAAGAGAACACUCUCAGUGGGAUCAACAAGAGAUAAUCAACAACAAGACAAACUCCUCAAUCCUAUGAAUGAUAGAUAUGUUAACGUCAAAGUUACAGUGAAAAAGAAGAACAAUCAAGUGAAGAGAAAAGCUGAAGAGAUUAAUCCGUUAGAGACAAACAGCAAAAAGAUUAAGGGAAAACAAAAUGCUACUCUAAAUUGUUUGAAAAAGGCUGCUAGCGAGAGUUCCAUUAUGGAGACCAUUGAUAAUGUCAUUCAACAGAGCCUUCAGAUGGCCAAUAAGAAGAAUCUUAAAGUGAAGAGUAAGGAAACUGGGGGAGGAGCGACCAAGAGAAAAACGGUCAACAUUCUGUCGAUGAUAAAAAAAGUUCCCAAGGCAAUAGUCAAGGCUGUUGUCAAUGAUGAAAUUAGCCUCAAGACUGAGAUAAAGUCCACAAAGGAUAUGAAGAAUAAUAAAAUUGAAUCAAAGAUUAAAGAUGUUAAAACCAAGAAUUUGGAGAAUAAGAGUAAAAUUGGCAAAAUUAAUAAUAAAAUUCAUCAACUCAGCAAAGGGAAUGAAUGUAAAAAAGUCGAUGAAAUGUGUGAGGAUAUUAAGAAAAAUGUAACUGCCUUACCCAAGAAGAGGAAGAAUAAUAAUAAUAUUAAUAAUAAUAAUAAUAAUAAUAAUAAUAAUAGUUAUAAUAAAAGUACAAAAAAAGCAGGAAGCUGCAAGAAAUUAGGCAAGACUGAAGAGAAUAUUGUUGCUAGUGAGAAUAGUAUUCUCGUUAGGAGGCCAUUUCUUAAACCCAAGUGGAGUAAUGGAUGGAGCUGGGAUGGAGAGUCGUACGAGGCCAAAGUUUAUUUAACAAAUGAGGAAUCAGCAAUGCGAAGAUGUUACGCAGCGAUGAAACACGUAAGCGGUGACGUGUUACGACCAAGAGAUUGCGUACUCUUGAAGAGUGGUCCACGGAAGGCUGACUUACCAUUUGUUGCAAAAAUUGCAGCACUUUGGGAAAAUCCUGAUGAUGGAGAAAUGAUGUUCUCAUUACUUUGGUACUAUCGGCCAGAACAUACUGAACAGGGUCGGACAGAUUACGACACUGAGGACGAGGUAUUUGCUUCCCGUCAUCGCGAUGCCAACAGUGUUGCUUGUAUAGAGGAUAAAUGUUAUAUUCUUACAUUCAACGAGUAUUGUCGAUAUCGCAAGGAUUUACGGAGAAUGGAGGAAGGCUUAGAGUCUCCGGGUCUCAUAGUACCUCCAGGGGACCAUCGAUAUCCCCGAAAAUCCCGACAGCCCCCAAUUCCAGUUCCCUCAGACAUGGUACUCUUUUGUCGACGAGUUUACGACUAUCGUGGAAAAAAACUCGUCAAAAAUCCUGGAUGACUUGACACUGUUUAACUUAGGCUGAGAAUGGGAAUCAAUGAGGAAGAUGAGCACAAAAAAUGAAAAUGACAAAAAUCAGAGGGAAAUAAGAUACAAGUGUUGGAUGAUAACUGAAAAAUUUUCUCUUCAAAUUUUAUAGAAGAGAAUGAGAACGAGUAUGAUUGAAAAACAUUUUUCUUGACCAUGAAAAACCAAUUGAAUGGAAAUAACUCGAAAUGAAUGAAUAAUCAAAUAAUGUUGAACCUACUUUUUCAGCCGAAUUUAUAUUUUAUAGAAGAGAUAACUCAUAUUUUUUGCAUAGUAGGUAAAAACAGUAGAAACUAAAUGAAAAAAAAAAAAAAAGAGUUGAAAAAGAACUUGUUCUUCAACAAAGUGACAAUAGAAUCUUUCCUGUUUGAAGAGAAAAUUUGAUAGUUGAUGAGAAUCCAAAAAAAUGAAGGAAAAGGAAGAACAAUAAGAAAUAAAAUUCAAAAAUUGAAACUUGACCAUUUUAGUAUUGAAAAAGUGAUGAUACCAUUUAAAAAAAAAUUGACACGAAUAGAUUUUCAAUCAUGGCAUAGGCACUGGGCAUACUUGAUGUGUGAUAAACAUUCAUUUUUCCUCUACAAUUAAAUAUUGCGCAACGAGAAACAAAUUUUAAAAAUUGCAUCUUUCAAUAUUUUGUUUGCCCAUUUUAUGAUUAAUUUUUGGUGAAAAUUCGUCUCUCAGGCCUCCAUCGUACUCGAUCAUCAAUAGGAAUAGGUAAUGGUUGUUGAAGAUAAUAUUUGCGCCAACUCAAUUUCAUUUUCUAGUGGUGUGGAAAUAAUCGAUUUUUAUACCAAUAGUAGCAAUAUCUACAUUUUUCGUUCAUCUUCUAGAAUUCUUUUGUUUUUUCCAAAAGCGCUAUAUUUUAUCAUAGAAUGGUGAUGAGGAGCUAUGGAAUCGCGUUUUUAAUGAGUGAGGGUGAAUUAUUAAUAUGUGGAUUAUGGUUGAAAGCAAUUGGAGACAAGGUCUCUUCUAUUAGCAUAAAAAUGAAGUUAUCUUAGCACUCAAAAGGUAAUGAAUGAUAACAGUGGCAGCAUUUUGCUUCCUCACCAUCUCGUUAUCUGAGAUGUAUUUCCCAAAAACUAGAGAAAGAAUACAUAAUUUAACCUAGAGUCCUGAUUUCAUUCGACUUUGAAAUUUCAUUCAAAUGCGCUGAAAAUUGCUAUAACCCCUGCGUCAUAUUUUAUACUUUUUUUUUUCGACAGAAAAAUUACGUAUUUUCUACGUAUCCUUUCUCGCACGAUGGAGAAAAAUAGAAAAUUAAACUUUUUUUUAUAUAUACAUAUAUACACAUGUUUCGAAAUAGAUCUAUUCAUAUAUACUUUUUUUUUAUUAAGUGGGUGUUCAUUUGUUGAAAAAUUUAUAUUAUUUAAAUUAAUAUAUUGCCAUUAUGAUUGGUUAUCUAAUAUAUGAACUUUAGAUGCUAAGUUUUUUUCUCUGGAGAUGUGUGCGAAAAUGAAUGGAGAAAAUUUUAAUGAAAAUUUUAAAAAACUACCUUAAGGGAAUGAAACUGAGUGAAAAAAAUUGCAGAUGAUCGUUGGUCAAUCUCCUCAUUCACAAAUACCAAAACAUUCUUUUUAAUGAAAAAGUAAAUUUCUUUUGGAAGCAUCUUAUCACGAUUUUUACAUUAUAUUAAUUUAUUAAUUUAUAGCAUCAUUAUUUUCUAAGUUGAUUAAAAAUCCAUCCAAGUUGUAUCAUUGUGUAAUGUACAAUUAUUCACGUUAUUCAUCUUUGAAAAGAAAAACAAUGCUGACGAAAUUUAGUGAGUAAACAGGAGAAGAGAAUUGAAAAACUAUCUAAUGUCUUUUAUUUAUUAUUCAUAUUUAUAUUUCUCCAACAAUAAAAUUUCAUUUUUUUCCAUUGAUUCCAAUAAAUGUAUUGUACAAAUGUUUAAUGAAUAAAUGAUAUCGAUGAAUACUUA